AUGAACAGAUUGAGAUACCUGAAGAUUAAUGAUGGGAACCUACCUAAGGGGCUUGAAUCUCUUCCCAAUAGUUUACGGAUUCUUGAUUGGACGAGGUAUCCGUUAAAAUCUCUGCCAUCACAUUUCAACCCUCAAAAGCUGCUCGAACUUAGUUUGUGUCAUAGCUGUGUUAAAUAUGUUCGGAUAGGAACUGAGCCUUUAUACAAUUUGAAAACCAUUAAUCUGAGUCACUCUCUGAAUCUUGUCAACACCCCAAACUUUAAAGGUAUGCCAUAUCUCGAGGUUCUGAUUCUUGAAGGUUGUAUAAGAUUGAAUGAGGUUGACCCAACAAUUGAAGUGCUUGAAAGACUUACUGUGCUGAACUUGAAAGAUUGCAAGAAUCUUGUGCACUUUGCAAGCAGUAUAAGUGGCUUAAAAGAUCUCAAAGUUCUUAAUCUUUCUGGUUGCUCAAAGGUUAGCAAACUACCGAAUGACAUGGGUCAUUUGGAGAGUUUGGAGGAGCUUUAUCUGAAUAACACUGGCAGAGAAGUCGCAAGAUUGUCGCUGGCUUGUUUAUCUGGUUUGCGUUCAUUAACCUACCUCAAUCUAAGUGACUGCAAUCUUUCUGAAGAAGCAAUCCCCAGUGAUUUUGGAUGCUUAGCCUCAUUGAGAAAUUUAAAUUUGAGCAAAAAUCAAUUUGUUAGACUACCCGAGAGCAUCAGCCAACUCUCUCAACUUGAAUCUCUUUCCUUGGAUCAGUGCCGCGAGCUUCAGACAUUACGCGUCAGCCAACUCUCUCAACUUGAACAUCUUUCCUUGGAUCAGUGCAGCAAGCUUCAGACAUUACGCGUCAGCCAACUCUCUGGACGUUGCCACAAGCUUCAGACAUUACGCGUCAGCCAAGUCGAGAUACUUGAACAUCUUUCCUUGAAUCAGUGCCGCAAGCUUGGGACAUUACGCGUCAGCAAAGUCGAGAGACUUCGACAUCUUUCCUUGGAACAGUGCCACAAGCUUCAGACAUUACGCGUCAGCCAAGUCGAGAUACUUGAACAUCUUUCCUUGAAUCAGUGCCGCAAGCUUGGGACAUUACGCGUCAGCAAAGUCGAGAGACUUCGAUAUCUUUCCUUGAAACAGUGCCACAAGCUUCAGACAUUACGCGUCAGCCAAGUCUCUCGACUUGAACAUCUUUCCUUGAAUCAGUGCCGCAAGCUUGGGACAUUACGCGUCAGCCAAGUCGAGAGACUUCAACAUCUUUCCUUGGAACAGUGCCGCAAGCGUCAGACAUUACGCGUCAGCCAAGUCUCUCGACUUGAACAUCUUUCCUUGAAUCAGUGCCGCAAGCUUUGGCAAAUAUUAUUAAAGCAGAGAAAUACCAUGCGAGGCCUUCAACACUACUAUGAUGAUGAUGCAGCAUCUAGUAGCACUGCAACUGGUGCAAGUCAGGAAGAGGAAGAACCUCAUCCAAAAAGAUUUAAACGACUCGAGCUUGACGGCAUUCAUAUAUCCUGGCAAGCAAAUUGGUACAGAAUUAUAAAUCGAAAAACAACAAAGGUCAUUGUCAAGGGAGCCAUUGUGAUUCUGCAUGCGAUAUUGUGUGAUGCACUGUUCAAGGGAGCCAUAAAGAAAGGUUCAACAUACCCUACAGAAAUCCAUAAAAGAGACUUAGGAGCAGCAUUUGUGAACCGGAUGCAAGCCCAUCACAUUGUGACAAGGGGAAAUGACUCGGUUGUUCGUAAAGGUGGUUUGAAAACAGUCCAGAUAAUGACAGAAAGGCGGCAAGGUAAUAAGAAAAUGACCAAGUUAUCAGGACUGGAAACAUUUUUAGUGGAUCCUGAAGCUUUGGCAUCAGAGCUACAAAAGAAGUUCGCUUGCAGUACAACGGUGGCAGAACUACCAGGUAAGAAGGGGCAGGAGGUUCUGGUUCAAGGUGGAGUGAUUGAGAAUCUGGCAAAACACUUGAUUGAACGAUAUGGGAUCCCAAAGAGACAUUGAGGUUCUUGACAAAACCAGGAGAUGAGAGGUUGAGAAAGGGUAGCA